AACCAGAGGAACCGAAAAAGAGAGAGAGAGAGAGAGGAAACUGAAGAAAGAAUGGAAGACGGUGGUGGUACUGCUGAUCCCUCUCCUCCUCCGGUCAUCACCAUCCAAGUAAAAUUCAGUGGGAGAACUAUACCUAUCUCCAUCAACCUGGAAUCCACCAUUAAAGACUUGAAAUCCGUUCUUCAACCGCUCACAAAUGUCCUUCCGAGAGGACAAAGACUCAUCUCCAAAGGUAAAGUUCUGUUGGACACUAUGACGUUGAAGGAUUCGGAACUGAGCGAAGGAUCGAAGCUCAUGCUUAUGGCUUCUCAGGGAUUACACCAAGGGGAUGGUCCUAUCACUAAAGAAGCUUCUUUACCGUCCAAUCUGAAGAGAACUAUUGAUGCUAAAAGAACAACUGAAUAUGAUAAGAUGAAGAUGAAGGCACCCGUUGAUAAGAGCCGUUCAGAACGCUGGAAACUCACUGGAGUAAUAGCUUUGUCAGAAUAUCAGUUGAUGACAAUACCUGAUGAAGUGUGGGCUUGUGGACCUUCUGUAAGAGUAUUGGAUCUCAGCAACAAUUCUAUUCAAGAAAUAUCAGUCAAAAUUGGCUCUUUGAGUUCUAUACAGAAACUGUUCCUGAAUGCAAAUGAUAUAUUGGACAAAUGCAUUAGCUGGGAAGGCAUAACAUCUCUGAAGUCGCUGAAUAUUCUGUCUCUAAGCCAAAACCAUUUAACCACUUUGCCCUCUUCAUUGGGUGCUUUGGCUUCUCUAACGCAACUUCAUAUUGCAAAUAACAAGUUCACAAGCUUGCCAAUUGAAAUAGAACUUCUUACACAACUUCAAAUUUUAACAGCAAGCAACAAUAGGUUAAGCUCCGUGCCUUCAAGUAUAGGAAACUGCAGAUCUCUGAUUGAGAUUGAUCUUUCAUCAAAUCUUCUGGUGGAGCUGCCUGACACAUUUGGAGAUUUACACAAUCUCAAGGCUUUGAACCUCAGCAAUAAUGGGCUCAAGUCUCUCCCUUCUACAUUAUUCAAGAUGUGUACCCAACUCUCAGCACUUGAUCUCCAUAACACAGAAAUUACGAUGAAUCUUCUCCGUCAGUUUGAAGGAUGGCAAGAUUUUGACGAGCGCCGCCGUUCAAAACAUCAAAAGCAACUGGAUUUCAGAGUUGGGUUCUCUGCUGAAUUUGAUGAAGGUGCAGAUAAGAACUGAGGACCUUUUUCUAUUAUUCUUGGUGCACAUUUGUGAAUUAGUGAAGCAGGUAGCCUUUGAUUGCUUGAUGGAUUCAUGGUGGAUUUGAGAGUUUGGAUCUACAGCAAAUGGGGACCAAUAGAGGAUGACUUCCUGGCAUUGGUACAUAAAUAUGAGACAGUAAGUGUGAUCAAUGAAGUGAAUCACUCAAUUAAAUCAAAAGUUGGAAACCGUGCUAUUGACUGGAAAACAUUCUUGUAUUGUUCAUGAAAAUAGUUUAGAACUUCUGCCUCUAGUUUUGCAGGAAAAUUAUUUGAAUGAAUGUUGUAUAUUUGAAGGUCAACUCC